AUGCAAGGCGGCAGUGGUUGGUCGCCCCUUCCCCUUUACAUCGCCCCCCACCUUCUCCUCACGAUGGGGGUCAUGCUGAACGCUCUCAUGGCCUUGACCCAAGUCGAAAAUGAAGUGGGCAAAGAACAGUAUUCUGUUACGUCAGUUAAAAAGAAUUACAUUUAUGGCAAAACCCACCAUAAAGUGAACGUCUAUGUCAAAGUGCACAGAGACAGCCCCUUUCUAGUGUGCAUGGACUUGUCACUUUCACAAAGUGAAGUCGUAGACCCCAACUACCUAUGGAUUGGGCCAGAUGGACUGAACCUGAGACGGAAAAGUUAUGUGAAUCUCACAGCUACUGGAAAGUUGAUGGUGCGCGGUUUUACAGAGCACAUGUCUGGAUCUUACACUUGCACACUUUCUUACAGAGUUUUAAAGCCGGACAUGAAAGGAGAACGAGAGAUAUUCAAGACAUAUAGGUUUAUGGUGUACGCAUAUCGGGAACCAGAUUACACGUAUCGAAUGUCUGUUCACUUUACGACCAAAGAGUGCCAUCUAACAACAAAUCAACAAUUCUUUCAAGAGCUAAAUAAGAUCUUGAACAAUCUGAUUUCCCACCUGACAUGUCGUAUCAUUGAGACGUCCUACAGAUGCUUUUCUGUCAAGCGACCAAAACAUGGGCUAGAAGAUGAGCUGUUCAUUGUUUUUAAAGUGAGUCCAUUUGCCCCUGGCUGGGAACUUAUCUGUCACAAGAUGGCCUCUGACUGUCAAGAUGAGACCAACAACCGUGUUCAAAAGGCCCAAUCGCUCGUGGAAGAGUUCUUCCGUAGGCAGCAGUCCAUCAUGAAACACGAGUUUCUGAAUUCCCCUGCAAUCCAUUACGUAGACCAUAGUUUACAAGUCACUCGGCUGGACAGCUGCCGGCCAGGGUUUGGGAAAAACAACAUCGCCCACAGCGACUGUGCAAAUUGCUGCGUGGCCUGUGACCCCGGGAGCUAUAGCCCAAACAAUGGAGUAGUCUGCGAGCCGUGUACAAAUAUACGGAUUAAAAACUAUGGAGCAACAUCCUGCUAA